UAUCAUCAUCUUCAUCAACCCAAAACCAUAACCAUAAACAAAAACCUAAAAAAACAUCCUUCAUUUCUUUUUCAUCCUUUUGUCUUCUCACUUACUAAAGUCCCCCUUUCAUUUUUUUUCCCUUCCUUCUUAUUAACCUUUUUUCCUAUGAAUUAAGAUAGUUCUUUUUAUUUUUUUUUUGGGAAUGAAAUCAUCUUGACCUUAAAUUUAAUCAUCUAUUAACUCUUUAACUCGAAAAAAAAAAAAGAUAAAAAAGAGUGUUAGAUGUUUCAGCCAUGGAGUUAACCAACAACAACAACAACAACACAACUAUUAGUACUAUUACUACUACUACUACAGUGAAAACCCCAGAAGCUGAAAUUGAAACCCCAACUCAGAUCCAGAAACUGAAACCUUUUGCUUUUAGUAAUGGUGUUCUGAAAAGGAAAAGUUCAUUUAACCAUAACAAUCAUCAUCUUCAUCAUCACCCUGUUGUGGUUAUUUACAGAGAGUGUUUGAAAAAUCAUGCUGCUAGUUUAGGGGGUCAUGCUGUUGAUGGGUGUGGAGAAUUUUUGCCUUCUCCUGCAGCUAACCCAUCUGACCCAACUUCACUGAAAUGUGCUGCUUGUGGGUGUCACCGUAAUUUUCACCGACGUGAACCGGAAGAACCAGUUGUAAUUCCACCGCCACCUAUUGCAACUGCGGUGCUUGAGUAUCAACCUCAUCAUCGUCAUCAUCCACCUCAUCCUCCACCACCUCUGCAGGUUCCAUGUGGGGAACAUAGUAGUCCGAAUUCGCCAUCUCCACCGCCGAUUUCGUCGGCUUAUUACCCAGCUUCUGCACCACACAUGCUUUUAGCACUCAGUGCUGGGUUUUCUGGGGAGAAAAAUCAGAACCCGACAUCAGCUCCGUUAGGUCAUUCUAACGGGAGGAAGCGUUUCAGAACGAAAUUCACUCCAGAUCAGAAGGUGAAAAUGCAGGAAUUUGCUGAGAGAGUUGGGUGGAAAAUGCAGAAGAGAGAUGAAGAUCUGGUGAGCAAUUUCUGUAACGAAAUUGGAGUUGAAAAAGGGGUUUUAAAGGUAUGGAUGCACAAUAACAAAAACACUUUCGGGAAGAAAUCAGAUCAACCCAACUCCGGCUCCGGCGACGGUGACAACGACAACCACCACCAGAAUGGUAAUACUAACAGCGAUAAUGGUUUUUGUAUUGUUAGUAGAAAUAACAAUCAUAACAAUUCUGAUUCAGAAUUUCAUCAUCAUCUUCAGCAUGAAAGUAACAACAACAAUGACAACAAAAAAGGCAUAAUCCACCAUCUUCACACAACUGACAGUGUUGUUGCAACGAAUGGGUCGUCUUCUUCAUCUUGAUCUAAUUAAAUAUGAAUGACCCCCCAAAAAUAUAUAUAUAUAUAUGCACAAAUAAAGUUUUAACUAGAAUUAGUGCAAGAAAGAGAAAAAUUCCGAGGCUGGUUACUAUUAAUCACGUUUAUUUCUUCCAAUUAGAACUGUUUUUUUUUUUAUGCUUUGUUGUUAAGGAUUAGUGCUCAGCUUGAUGAGGAUUACACUGGGAAAUCAAGAUUGUUCCAAUGAGCAAUUUAAUUUGUUAAUUUUUCUUUCUUUUGCUUACUGCUGGCCUUGUAUAUUAAUUAUGCUACUUAAUUACUAUAAUUCAUUCCAUUAAGAAACUUAGCUA